GGUCUCUGCGGCGCUCGACGCCGAGGUCCCCGCCCAGCCGCAGGUGUCCGCUCCUGUCAGUGGCGUCCGAGGCCGGCCCUCCUGGCGGUGCGGAGCCGAGGCCGGGCUGACGGCCGCUCGGGGCUGAGGCGGCGGGAGAGGAAGGCGGCGGCGCACGUCCGGCGGAGUCCCGGAGCCAGGAGGAGGCCGAGGGGACCAUGUCCGGCCGGCGCUUCCCACUCUCCACCACGGAUCGCGUCAUCAAAGGUCUACCUGGAUGGUCAUGACAUCUGCCAGCCUCGCAGUGUGUUUGAUGGAAUGCCUGGGAGACAGUUUGUGCACACCAGGGCCAGGAGUCCGAAGAUCUACCUAUCUCCCACCACCACAUCUUUUAAUGUCUGAAAGUCUGUCCCUUUUCCUCCAACCCACCGUCUUACUUUGAAGGAAGUAUUUGAGAAUGGGAAACCCAAAAUUGAUAUUUUGAAAAACCAUUUGGUGAAGGAAGGCCGACUGGAAGAGGAAGUAGCCUUAAAGAUAAUCAACGAUGGUGCUGCCAUUCUGAGGCAAGAGAAGACUAUGAUAGAAGUGGAUGCGCCAGUCACAGUGUGUGGUGACAUUCACGGACAAUUCUUUGACUUGAUGAAGCUGUUUGAAGUUGGGGGACCACCUAAUUGCACACGCUACCUCUUUCUGGGUGACUAUGUGGACAGAGGCUAUUUCAGUAUAGAGUGUGUGCUGUUUUUAUGGAGUUUAAAGAUUAUUCAUCCCAAAACAUUAUUUCUGCUUCGAGGAAAUCAUGAAUGCAGGCAUCUUACAGAAUACUUUACCUUCAAACAGGAAUGUCUAAUCAAAUAUUCAGAACGGGUGUAUGAGGCAUGUAUGGACACGUUUGACUGUCUUCCUCUUGCUGCCCUCUUAAACCAGCAGUUUCUCUGUGUACAUGGAGGAAUGUCACCUGAAAUCACUUGUUUAGAUGACAUUAGAAAAUUAGACAGGUUUACUGAACCUCCUGCCUUUGGGCCAGUGUGUGAUCUGCUUUGGUCUGAUCCCUCAGAAGAUUAUGGCAGUGAAAAGACCUUGGAGAACUAUACCCACAAUACUGUGCGAGGGUGCUCUUACUUUUUCAGUUACCCUGCAGUUUGUGAAUUUUUACAGAACAACAAUUUAUUAUCAAUAAUCAGAGCCCAUGAAGCCCAAGAUGCUGGGUAUCGAAUGUACAGGAAGAGCCAGACCACCGGCUUUCCAUCACUUAUUACAAUUUUCUCUGCCCCUAAUUACCUAGAUGUCUAUAACAACAAAGCUGCAGUAUUGAAAUAUGAAAACAAUGUCAUGAACAUCAGGCAGUUUAACUGUUCUCCACACCCCUACUGGCUCCCAAACUUUAUGGAUGUUUUCACAUGGUCUUUGCCUUUUGUUGGGGAAAAAGUCACAGAGAUGCUGGUUAACAUUCUGAACAUAUGCUCUGAUGAUGAACUCAUGUCUGACGAUGAAGCAGAAGGAGGCACUUCAGUUCGAAAAGAGAUCAUCAAGAAUAAAAUCAGAGCCAUUGGGAAGAUGGCCCGGGUCUUUUCAGUUCUGCGGGAAGAGAGUGAGAGUGUGCUGACCCUCAAGGGCCUCACGCCCACAGGCACACUCCCUCUGGGCGUCCUUUCAGGAGGAAAGCAGACGAUUGAGACUGCCACAGUAGAAGCGGUAGAGGCCCAGGAAGCCAUCCGAGGGUUUUCACUCCAGCACAAGAUCCGGAGUUUUGAAGAAGCCCGGGGACUGGACCGAAUUAAUGAGCGAAUGCCACCUCGGAAAGAUACUGGACACGACGGGCCUGCGAAACUGGUGACCCUAGUCCACCCCAACACUGCGCACAGGAGUGACCAUGGGAAGAAAACCCAGUGAAGACUCAGUCGUGCUGGGACACAGGUGGAUCCCAAGCUUAGGAACAGAUUUUAUUUAUUAUCAGAAAAUGAAACAAAAACAAACCUGGAGGUGCAUUCAUAAUUUAGUCUGCAUUUAUUCUGUAAGAAAGGAGAACAUUUUAUAAAUUCUUUUAAUUUGUGUUCAUUAUAUACAAAAAGCACAUCUGUUUUGUCCCCCCCCUCCCCAAUUUUUAGGAAAAAAAUCUGAUUGUUAUCAAUGCAUAUGUGAAGUUUUGUGCUACCAAGGGGGCCUUCCCCUAAUAAAGGGCCUUGGAAACUUCA